CAAUGAGACAGCUGCUGCAGAUAAUUAGAUAAUGUUACACAUUUCUUCGUACUCCAUGAAUAGACCGAUUAUUCCUGUGCAUGUAACAAAACUAUAAGAAUACACAAGUUGGCUGUAAAGUUCAGCAUGAUGGAAGGAACAACACUACCAGCUGCUGAAGAGGAAUUAGAUGUUGAUUAUGAUAGUUUUGAUGAGCAGUAUGACCGCCCUACAGAGAGAUGGGCACCUCUAGGACAAGCAACCAGUCCUGCCCCAUCAAGAAUGGAACUUAAUCAUGAAACUCACUUGGAAGAGAUGGAAAGGCUAGAAAAAGAACAGGAGCAGUUGAAUUCAUCCCUACUUGCCCUCACUACACAUUUCGCUCAAGUGCAGUUCAGACUGAAGCAGAUAGUCAGUGCCGAAGCUGAGGAUAAAGAGAUUUUACUUAAAGAAUUGGAAGAAUUUGCAUUUAAAGGAAUUCCUGAUGUGAGGGGAAGUCGGGUACAAGAUGCACAAAUCCUUGAAGAAAUGAGUGACAAAGAACAUGAAGUGAAAAUAAAUGAACAAAGAGAAAAACAAAGAGAACUUAUUCAUCAGCUUAAAUCACAGCUAGAAGAUCUGGAGAACUAUGCCUACGAGACAGGGGAUGUGGAAGAAUUGCCUACCAAUAAAAUGAUGGAAAAACAAAGGGUGGUCAUUGAUGAACUCAAAACAAAACUAGACCUCAACAUGGAUAAUUUUGACAAACUAAGCACUGAUGACUUAAAGAAUGUGGUGGAUCAUGCCAUUGGUCAGAUUGUUAACCCUGCCAAAGUGAAAGAGAAACUUGUAGAUCAGCUACGCACACAGGUGGUGGAUCUAGAGAGGUUUAUAGCUUUUCUUCAAGGAGAAGCUAGCAGUCCAGGUCCUCUCGGGAAAGAGAGGUGCACUUGUCCCUUGCACAAAUUUCCAGAUGACAGCUCAGACAACACUAAAGACUGUAAAGGCUUGCACCAUCACCACAACUGCAAACUGAAAGAAAAAGUGGAGAGAGAGAAGAAUGUUAAGGACACACAGGCCUUUGUCAAGAAGACUCUUGCCAUACUUCAGAUGUUCAUCAUUACACAGUUUGGGUGUGGUGCUGGGGAAUUUAAGAGAAACAUGAUGAAAAAGACUACCAAGGGAAAUCACUGGGGAGAUCUGAGAGCAAGAUUAGAACUGGCCAUCAACAAAACACUAGAACUGGCCCAAAAGCAGGAAGAAGAACCGCAGGAUGAUCAGAGUGAAUUUGGCAGUGACUCAGAGGAGAGUCAGGAACAGAGUAGCCCUGCCCUGACCCAGUGUGUGAGGAAAGACCUAGCCAUGGCUGUUCGUGACUUGAUGCAGCAUGGACUGAUGGAGAUUGGGCAGAGUAAGAGCCUGGUACCCUUUGGAUGCCUUCCCAACAGAUCGGCAGCCAUUACUCAGUCUCUGCAUGCCUGGGACCUACUACUCAAGUUCUAUGAGAUGAAACAUGGCAGACAAUAUAAUGAAUCCCCAGCAAGAAAGCUGUCCCAGUCAUUUCACCUGGAGAUGGUCGGGGGGAAACCAAUCACUGUCAAACAGACGAUGCUUGGGGCCAUUAACACCGUCAUCUCCUCCCACACUCCUCUCAAACGCUCAGAGGACUCUCACUUCAAAGCUUUCAUCUCCAUGGCACUCAAUGAAAGGAAAUUGGUUGUGUGGUUGAAGCUGCUUUUCAGGACUCAGACUCUUAUCGACAACUACUACCAAGAUUGGAGCUAUGUGGCCAGAACUGGUUUUGAUGAUGCUCUGAAAUCUCUGGACAAGCUGAACAGCAUUCCAUUCAAACUUCCUGUUGACCUGGCUGUGCGACCUUUCAGCAACAUCAAGGACGCAUUCUGAUCUAUUUCACCAUUACACACAACUUUUUUGUCGUACAUACAGCAGUCAAUUAUUGACUUGUUAAUAUUGACCAGUAAUUUUCAACUGAAAAUGAAAUCAUGAAAAGAUGGAAGGAUUCAUAAAAAAGAUUUCUACUUAAUAACUAUUUCAUCUGAUUGUGUAAUAGAAAAUAGACAGUGGAUUUUUGGCAAAGAAAAAUAUGUAAUGGUAAAUGUAUACAUGUUCAAAAAUAUGCAUGAUGUAUAUUUUGAUUUCAGUAUAUUACACAUAUACCAGGUACAUUUGUGUGAGACUUACAACAUUACAAACAAGCAGUUUCAAUUUCAGACCUUUAUUAGACAGUAACCAUCAAAGUAAACAUAUUCAUUCAACUGCCUUAACAAAAACUCUCAGAAACUGUGACUAGUAUUAUCUGUUUCAUCAUCAUGUUAUGUAGUAUUUCAAUAGAGCAGUCAAGGUUAAAAAUGCAUUUAAGUGAUUAGUUUUUAAUAUUCUUUGUGUUUUCACCAGAUUGGCGCACCUUGCAGCAUGUAUUUUUUCAAAACUUUUAUUCACAUGCAUGUACAUUUAUAUGUAGUUCAAUGGAAAACUGAAUUAUAAGGGGAGGAUACUCCGUGAUGCAAUGAAAAUUAUGAGUCAAAGAAUCUCCUGUUUAUCAGACUGAAACCCUUUACUGUACACAAGUAUUUAUUGUGUGAGAAUUGUCUUUAGUACUUCUGUGUUUUAAAGUUAGUUAAGUUUUGAAUCUCAUUAUCUUUUGUGGUUUUUUUCCAAGAAAAAUAUGUUCUGUCCAUGUACAUGAUACAUACAUUAAUAUGAAUUAUCACGUUUAACGUAGACUUUGUUGAAAAUAUUGUAGUCAGUGUAAGUAAGAAUUGAUUAAUUUGCUUCAACAUUCCUGGUAAAAAUACAAUGUAUUUAGAAAUACACAGCUCAAAGUUAAAUGUAUGUAUUGCUAUUUAUUGGAGCAUUCCAAAUCAAUUAAUCAUUCCUUUAUUAAUUUAUACAUGCAUGUGUUGAUAAUUAUUUUAAUAUAUGUUGCGUAAUAAUUCUUUAUUGCUUAUAUAUAUAUUUACAUUUAAGAAAUCCAAUGUUUUAUUUCUAUCUUAAUUUAUAUAAGAAUUAUGUUUCAUUUUUUGAUGAUCAUCUGAAAUCCUUUGUUCUGAACAUGAACUGAUAUCAGACUCAAAUCUGUCCACAUUUACAGCUAUUUAUCUUUAAAUAUUGUUUUGUUUAUUAUCUUUAUUAUGAUUUUUUAUUGUUUAAGGUUGUGUUAUAAUACUGCAUAUAAGUGCAAUAAUGCCUGAUGCCUCUUUCAUUUAUGUAUUCAUCUUCAUGUGAAAGAUGUUCUCAGAUUGUCAUAUCACUAGCCAAAAUAGUCAUCAUUUGUAAAUUCAUAUACAUGUGUACACUGUAGAUGUAUAUACUUAUCAUGUGUAAAGGGGGGUGUAGAGUAGACACCAAGGGAAUAGGGAGUAUAGGCAAAAAAUUGCAUGCAUAAUUGUUUAUAUAUAAAAGGUGUUGGUAUAUGGUAACAUCAAUGCUAUUAUUAUUGAGUGUUUUAAAAUCUAUGCUAUCAUACAAGAACAGAUUUUGUAGAAGUAAAUUCUAUGAACUUCAGAAACAUUUCAAACCAAUGGCAUAUUAUUGAUUUAGAGGUAAACAUUCAGUUUUGAUAUACAUGUAGAAGUAAACAUUCAGUGAAAAUAGUCAGGGUAAAUUUUAAAUUGUUUGUUUGGAUUUUUGUCAUUUCAAAAUAAGAAAUAUGUAAUAUGAUCAUGAAAUCCCUAUUAAUAUAGUGCAAUAUCCCAAAUGUUCUCAUAUGUACAUGUGAUUGUCAGUGUUGAUAAUGUACAUGUAUAUCUACAUUUACAUGUAUAUAAAUGUUCAUUUAUUGAUCAUUUGCUCAUUGGCCUCUGAAUGGUAUGUAAUUGUGAUCUGCAUUCCAAGGCCAUGUAUUGUUAUGGCAUUGUUGUCCACAAUAGAUAAAUAUAUUUUGAUGUUGCAACCAACAA